GGUUAAGAUGGAAGAUGUAGUUAUUUUUUACACUGCCUAUCUCUAUAUUAAUCUGUACUCAAGCUUUGUGCAGUCGGGGUGAGGGUAAGGUUACAGUAUGGUACUUAAUGUACUUUCACACCGACUGUUCAGGUGCAGUGGACCCUCUCUGGCCUCGGACGUCAUUUCCUUUUGAGUGCGUCUGCGGGGCUGCUGUACUGUCUGCCUGGGACGGAGGGCUUCCACGCGAAGCAGCAGCAGGCGACUAACCAUAUUAAACCUAUGAAGAGGCGCUUUUAUAUGGCCAGGAUUUGACAUUUAUUUCUAGUCGUAUUCAGCAGAUUUAUCCAUCUAGUUGGAGCUCAGAAGACUAUUCUCUCUCGCUGGCUCGCCCGUGCUUCAGUGAACCACUGCAGCAGCAACAAACCGAGCACGCCGCCGCCGCUGUUGUUGUGAGAGGAGAAAACAAGCUCAGCGAGCAGUCCGCUAAAGCUGUGUGAUCAUUGACAGAGUUCAGUACACACAAGCUCCAAGUGAUAACUUGUGGGGUCUUUGUGGCGGCGCACCUCUGAGCCUCUUCAAGGACUUAUAGCUGCAGGAUUUUUUUUGUCGCUGAAGCCGAGGCAUUAUAUUGUACAUGUGUUUUAUCUGAGCCACUGUAAGGCACUUGACCAGUAGAAGCAGUUUGCACGAUUUCCACCAGCUUGUCUGCAGCCCCCUCCCCAACCCAGACAGUCCUCUGCCCCAGCAUGAAUGAAGUCAGUGUUGUGAGAGAAGGAUGGCUCCACAAGAGAGGUGAAUACAUCAAAACAUGGAGGCCUCGUUACUUCAUCUUAAAGAGCGACGGCUCCUUUAUCGGCUACAAAGAGAAACCCGAGGUGUCCAGUGAUCACAGCCUCCCGCCACUCAACAACUUCUCCGUCGCAGAAUGCCAGUUGAUGAAGACGGAGCGCCCCAGGCCCAACACAUUCGUCAUUCGUUGCCUGCAGUGGACCUCGGUUAUCGAGCGCACCUUCCACGUAGACAGUAAUGAUGAGAGGGAGGAAUGGAUGCGAUCGAUCCAGGCUGUGGCAAAUAGCCUGAAGAGUCAGCAUCAGGAUGAGGAGCCCAUGGAGAUCAAAUUUGGCUCACCGAGUGACAGCAGCGGCACAGAGGAGAUGGAGAUUGCUGUGUCCAAAUCCCGCACAAAAGUGACCAUGAGUGAUUUUGACUACCUGAAGCUGUUGGGCAAAGGGACAUUUGGUAAAGUGAUCCUGGUGAAAGAGAAGGCCACAGGGAUGUACUACGCCAUGAAAAUCCUCCGCAAAGAAGUCAUCAUUGCUAAAGAUGAGGUGGCACACACAGUUACAGAGAGCAGAGUUCUCCAAAAUACACGGCAUCCCUUUCUAACGACACUAAAAUACGCAUUUCAAACACAUGACCGGCUAUGCUUUGUGAUGGAGUAUGCAAAUGGAGGAGAACUCUUCUUUCAUUUAUCCCGGGACCGAGUGUUCACAGAAGAAAGGGCGCGAUUCUACGGUGCAGAAAUAGUGUCAGCACUGGAGUACCUACACUCACGCAAUGUAGUUUACAGGGAUUUAAAGCUGGAGAACCUCAUGUUAGACAAAGAUGGCCACAUAAAGAUAACAGACUUUGGGUUGUGUAAAGAGGGGAUCACAGACGGCGCCACCAUGAAAACCUUUUGUGGGACUCCAGAGUACCUGGCACCUGAGGUACUAGAGGACAAUGACUACGGACGAGCGGUGGACUGGUGGGGCUUGGGCGUGGUUAUGUACGAGAUGAUGUGCGGACGGUUGCCCUUCUACAACCAGGACCACGAGCGUCUCUUUGAGCUCAUCCUCAUGGAGGAGAUCCGCUUCCCCAAGAACCUGGCUCCUGAGGCCAAGGCUUUGCUGGCUGGCCUGCUCAAAAAGGAUCCCAAACAAAGGCUCGGAGGCGGACCAGACGAUGCCAAAGAAGUAAUGAGCCACAAGUUCUUCACCUCCAUCAACUGGCAGGAUGUCAUUGAAAAGAAGCUUAUUCCACCCUUCAAGCCCCAGGUAACAUCAGAGACAGACACACGUUACUUCGAUGAUGAGUUCACAGCACAAACCAUUACUAUAACUCCUCCAGACAAGUAUGACAGUUUAGACGCAGAGGAUUCAGAUCAGCGAACGCACUUCCCUCAGUUCUCAUACUCAGCCAGCGUACGGGAAUGAUCGCUCAAGACUUUUGAACAAGCAGGCAGGCUAACACACGAUCCCUAUCCCACAUACACACUUGCACUGCUGGGGAAUUUCGAAUGACACAAACGGAAAACUGGCACAAGACACACAUUUUUCAUUUUGGUCUUGAACUCACUCACUCUCACACACACACACGCACGCACGCACGCACACACACACACACUGGCAAAUCAGACAAGCCAUGGAUCAUAGAGUAUGAAACGAACACACAGGCCGCAAAUGACUGACCUCAGCAGGUUUGUGUGGACAGACUGGCAGCUUUGUCUCUGUAUGUCCUCUCAGGGGUUCGCUUCAGGCUUCCCUGCAGGACCUCUGCUGCACUACACUGGGCACCACAUCAAAGCCUUGACACUUUGAAAACCAGGUUAUGCCAGCAAGUACCACCUCUUUACCAGCUGUACCCAUGCUACACACACAGUUGCAUACAAAACCCACCCGUGCAUAGACUGCAUAUAUAUACAAACUUACUUGAUAGAAUUAAAAAAAAAAAAAAAAAAAAAGUAUAAUCACAAUUAGGAAAAUGGAAAAGAUUUGUGUAGGGGGGGCGGACAAAUUUUUAUUUCAUCGAUUGUUACGGUUUUAAAUGUAAAGCCAUAUUUCUGCAUUUUUUUUUCUGUUUUUUUUUUUUGUUGUUGUUGUUGUUGUUUUUCCAUUUUCUUUUUUUUAACAAGUGCUCUUUCUGGAAUUUGCUGUUACAAAUCAAGUUUGGAACCGCUCCUACAGUAGGGGGGAAAUGGGGAGGAGGGUUGCCAUUUCUGUGUUUGCACUGCACAUGUGUGUGUGUGUGUGUGUGUGUGUGUGUGUGUGUACGCGAAUGGACGAGUGGAUGUUUUGAAUGUAUGCGAGAGUGCAUAUGAACGCAAGAGAAUGUAUGAACAACCUUUUUUUAUUAUUAUUCUCAACCAUCCAUUUGUGUCUGUUUUUGAUGCAUGUUUUUAAGAACUCUGAACUAUUGCUGGAAUAUCGACAAGAGAGGACACUACACGGCACACUCAAUGGCCUUCUUUAAAGGGAACAAGCAUGUCAUUUAUGGUGAGCUGGGAUGUCUUGCAUGGCUUACCUUUGCUUUAAAAAGCUGCAUUAAUUGAACCUGAUGCAGCGAGUCCACGUUGCUGUGUCCUGCAUCAUACACAGUAAAGUGUUUCUGACUGACAGUCCAGCAAACUUUAAGGCCAGUUGUCCAGUGUGUUAAAGACCGUAAGAUUGGAAGGAAGGAGGAGAACAGAGACUAUACACUUGACCACAGCCUUUUUCUCUAGCCCGUCUACAGAGACCACUGUAGAUAAACGCAGCCAUUCGCUGUCCUCAAUCCAGUAAUUGUCACUCCCUAGCUAAAGGGUUAGGCACCAAUAUUUUGUUUGUUUUUAUUUCUAUUCGUAAUAUCAGUGUAAGUUUUUAAAAUAUUUUUUAAAAUAAGCUUUUGAAUGUUCCCAUAUGAGAAAAAUAAAGUUAAAUCGUUGUUAUUAUGAGGCCAAAAAAUUGACUGACUUGGUCGACGUUUAACACUUCAAAUGAUUCCACAUGACGCUGUUUUAGAGUAAUUGGUUUGUUUUUUGUUUAGCUUGUUUUUAUGAGGCUGUGCACUUAUAUCUACUUAGUUGUAUGCCUGCAGGUUUACAAUCCAACUAAACACCACAUGAGCUGGUCGACCAACCUUCAACAGAAAAGAGGGAACUAAUCAAUAUUGGCUGAUGUAUUGUUUAGUUGAAAUUUAAAAAAAAACCCUGCAUACUUUGAGUCCAACGCUCUGGACAGCAUAUUAUAAAGUGCUCAUAUUGACGCAGGCCUAUUAUAUUCCACAUUGCUGGAAGAGAUGUUGGUUGCUCUUUGAGCUUCACUAAAGGAACAUCAAAACCUUUUUGGUUGUCAUUGUUUUGUUUUUGUUUGUUGAUUUUUUUUCCUCUUCUUUUUGUCCAUCUAUUUCUCAAAAUUUGGAAGACAUAUUGUCUUGUUAAGUAUACAUUAUAUAAAAUAUAUAUAUAUUAAAAGUUUUUAAACUG